GCCAAGGCGGCUUCCGGUGCUCCGUUUACCGCCGACAGUCUGGCUCACGGACGAGUGACUUUUCACUCUCCUGUUCCUCCGACAAACCUCAUCUCUUUCUCCACUCCAUCAGCUCAUCCUCAUGAGGCUGGGUCAACUCACUUUUUCCCCCUUCCCGCCCAUGUCUAUUCGCCCGGGCUGUUCUUGAGUCUGUCCCGAGAUGCAUAUAUCUACUACUCGUUUAGUCUUUCUCGCCUCUCCCACGCAUGGCUACAUUGCCUGGCAGCCCCACACUCGACUCCAGACUUGCUCACACGUCUCCUCCUUCAUAGGCCCCCUUUCCCGCACAAUAUGACGCCUGCGCCAGCCCGAAGAUGGGCCCGAGGUGGACGGCUGAGGCGCAAUGCAGUCGGUGUCAGUCGAGUGCGACGAUCAGAUCAACGGAGGAAACGGAAGGAUGUCUGGACAGAUCGACAGGAAUUUCGUUCAUUGCCUCCUCGGCUCGUCUGCGCCCAAGAUUAUUUUUUCAACCAUUCCCGCCAGUAUUACUUUACUGCACACGAUACAACUCUUGCGGUUAAUUCUCACAAUUGGUUUGUCACGGAGACUGCAGUUUUUGACGCUUUUACGAGUGUACGCUUUUCAGCCCGAGAGGUCUUAGGUCCACUAGCUUUAUCUGGCAGUCUGUGA